AUUCACGAUAUAUCGAGGGUGAUUUGGUAAAACCAGAAAAUCAUAAAAGGAGAAGGAAGUUCUUCUCUUUUGUGAAAAAAAAAAAACACAAACGCGCAGGGCUUCAUCAUAUUCUUCUUCUCCGGAGGCACUGAGAGAUUGGCUGUUUUAGCAGAAUGAGUAACCGAGGCCGAGUUAGAUGGGAUGAGGAGAAUCUGGGAGAAAUUGAAGCAAAUAAACCUGUAAGGCAGAAAAUUACUGAGCCGAAGACGCCGUAUCACCCCAUGCAAACUGAUGAUGAAGAUGAUGAGGGAUCUCUGUCUCCUAUACGGCGGAGUCGGUUUGAUGAAUGUAUUGGUGACGCAGUGCAUGCAGAAGCGAUACGUUCUGCUUUGAGUGAUGUGGCAUCAUCAAGUACAAAGAAGACCACGAGAUCUACUGGCUGGACAUCAUCCGAGGAUGAAGCUGAUGCUAUGGAUCAAGAUGGUGAAGAUUCAGACAAAAGUGGCAGAAGUUUCAGGGAGCAUAGAAAAGCUCAUUAUGAUGAAUUCCAGAAAGUAAAAGAACUCAGACGGAAAGGUUCCCUUCUCGAUGAUGAAGAUGAGGACGAGGAUGUUGAGAUGAACAAGGUAAAGAGAUCCGAUCCCCCUUCAUCUUCAGGUGCAGCCAACCCUAAUGGAGCUUAGAGCACCAAGCCAAGCAUAAUGGAGCUUAGAUGAAGCCGAGAUAAGACUGUUUUUAAUCAAGCCAAGCUAAGACUAUGGUUGAUAUAUCACUGACAUUCGAUUACAGUUUCUGGGAUGACUAUACAGAAUGCUCAAAUGAUUGCAGUGACUGCUAUUUGUAUUAUUCAUCAAUAUGCUUUUUGUUUGUAAAUAGUUCACUUUGUUUCUGUCUCGAUAACAAUGUUGCUUAAAACUCUUGAUGCAAAAGACCCUUUUUAAUAGUUUGA